UCCUCACGGUUGCCGAAAUGGCGCAAAUUUACAACGUUUGCCGGUUUUGCAUGCAGCAGGAUGAGGUGCCUUUAAUCCCAUCUUCGGAAGUUUCAAUUGAGGAACUUACCGUAGAAGAUGUGGAGCGAUUCACCGGCAUACAGCAGGUUGGGAGCAUAUCGUUCGCAGUCUGUGUUGAUUGUGUCGACCGAUUAAAAGCAGCUGUGGUAUUUCGUGAAUAUUGUAUGAGAAAUGAUAUUUUAUUUCGGGACCUACUUCACCGCACCGCACGCGGUAGCGUAGAGUACGUUCAAGAAAGUUGAGUUUGAUUCGUAGCCAGCGAACGUGCCUCAUGUUCAAAAUCCGUUCAGGAUGGAUUCCUCGAUAAAAUCCGCGCUUUCGACCGAAGCCAGGUAGGGAUCGGGAUUUUGUUUCCAUAUUUUUGACUAUUUGUUUAAUAAAUCAUCAAAAUACUUCGGCCAUCGGUAAAUUACCAGCCGGAAACCGUGACAUAAAUAUGUGGAAUUCAAAUCUGCGGAUUUAGUACAACUGCCCUGGCUAUAAAAUGAUUUUAUAGCAUCUCAGAUAUUAGUUUAUGCUAUAAACUGGCUGCUGUCAUCCGCUCGCUCUGGUAUCGCCUCGCCUUCAAGGGUUAUCGGUUUGUUAUUAAACAACAGCAGUCGUGUUCGAUAUGGCGCUCCACGUACAUUAUUCGCUAAUUUGUCGAUUCUGUUUGAGCCAGGAUUUUCAAAACCUGGUCCCAUUAAGCACGAUAAUAAACAGUACACUCACUUGGGAGGAUGUGGAACGAUUUACUGGAAUUGUGAACCUACAGGACGACCGAAGCUCGUACGUGCUGUGUAGGGAUUGUCACAUAAAGUUGAUUAACGCCGUCACCUUCCGUCACAGCUGCUUGGCAAAUGAAGCUUUCUUUCGGCAGUUUUCCCCCAAAGUGGAAGAGUUUGUUGAGAGUUGCGAUGAAGCGGAUAAAUUGGCCGUGGAACCGAUCGAAACCAUAACGCAAAUAGAAGUGCUUGAUAACAAACCCACGAAGCGAAAAGUGAGGAAAGUUGUCAAGCGUCAAGAAGCGCCCGUACCAAGGGAACGGUCGCCGUAUGCUUUCGUGCAGGAGGAAGAGAUAGUUGAUUUUGAUUACUGCGCCAAUCGUAUCGAACUAGGUGAACCGCACUCCAGCGACGAUGAGCACUAUGAAAGCCGGAAAGUUAAACAGGAAAAUCAAGCAACGCUGGACCGUGCUGCUUUGUUUACCGAAAGCAUGCGCCUGAUACGAACCGCACAGGAACGGCAGCAGCAACAGGAAGAGAUACGGAACAACGAAAGCAGCGACUGUGACAGCACGCACCCGGUACGGGACAAACUAUCCAAGCCAAACCGAUCACAACUUUGCGACAUAUGUGGCAAAGUCGUGCAAAAGAUAAGCGACCAUAUGACGACCCAUACGAAGGAACUGCGGUACGCUUGUCCGCACUGUCCGGUGCGGAUGUCGAAUCAUGGAAAUUUGUACCGGCAUAUACAGGCAGUCCAUCUGAAGAAGGUGAUCAAAUCUUGCGAGCUGUGUGGUAAAGGAUUUACAAGCAAAGGCUCGUACAAGUCACACAUGCGAUCGGAACACGAUAUAGGGGAGACGUACGAAUGUAAGCUGUGUCCGAAGAAAUUCAAUCAUCCCGGCAACUACCGCAUACACAACAUUCGUUGCCAUACCAACGAAAGAAAAUUCACCUGCUCCACGUGUGGAAAACAGUUCAAGGAGAAACGUGAUCAUCGCAAUCAUCAGCGAGUACAUUCGAACGAGAAACCGUUUGGCUGCAGCCAGUGUCCGAAGGAAUUCAAAAGUGAGUACGCUAGAAAAACGCACGAACUUACCCACGCUGGGGUCGUUUUUCAAUGCACGGCCUGUGAUAAAUCUUACCGCUACAAAUGCCUUCUAAGCAUUCACAUCAAAAAGGAUCAUCCGGAUUUGAUUGUACGCGCGGCAACGGUCGACGAUUGAGGAAACGUUGCGGCGUUCUUUAUUGAUAAGCGUAUAACUAAAACGUUAUGUCAACAGAGUGUUAUUUACAAAUUUACCUUAAACAAAUGGUUGAUGAACUACAACAAGGAUCUCAAGUAAAAUUUAUUCCUUUCUUGUAA